UCCCUCCUCCUUUCGCCAACUCGAAACCCUCCUGAUAACAGCUCUUACUGAUCUCUGUCGCUCCCAAAACCUUUCACCAAUGGCAGCUGACGACGGUCACAAUGCGGAACGAAGGAAGACUACUACAGCGUCAGUGAAGGUGAAGGUGGUCAACACGAGCAUGGUUGCCCCGAGCAAUAGGACGGAGACGGAGAGACCCGCUUCAUGCCCGUUGAUCACUUUCGACGUGCCGUACAUUACCUUCUACUACAAUCAGAAGCUAUUGCUGUACAAAACAUCAACCGACGACGAGGAGUUCAGGGGCGCCGUGGAGAGGAUGAAAGAGGGUCUUGCGGCCGCUCUCGACUACUUCUAUCCGUUGGCGGGAAAAAUUGCCAAGGAUGAGGACGGGUCUCUGAUCGUGGACUGCAGCGGGGAGAGCUUGGUCGGCGCUGAGGUUAUUGAUGCGUCCGCAGAGGAUGUGUCGGUGGAGGAGCUCGCCGAGGGCGAGACUACUGAAUUGCUUCAGGAGGUGGUUCCUUACACCGGAAUCAUGAACCUCGAGGGCCUUCACCGUCCUCUGCUCGCCGUUCAGUUCACAAAGCUCAAGAACGGCUUGGCACUGGGAUGCGCCUUUAACCAUGCUAUUGUAGACGGACACUCCACCUGGCACUUUAUGACAUCAUGGGCCGACCUCACUCGCGGCCCAUCUGCAACUAUAUCCGUUCCUCCCUUCCACGACCGUACCAAAGCCCGAUCCACCCGCGUCAAAGUGGACCUCCCUUCCUCCCCAAAAGCCCACGAACUCGCCGAUCCAAACGGCCCACCCAAACAUUUGGUCGCCAAAGUCUUCUCUUUCUCCGAACCCGCGCUCUCCCAACUCAAAUCCCAGGCCAACGCCAACCUCCCUCCUGAAUCCAAACCCUUCUCAACCUUCCAGUCCCUCGGGGCCCACGUAUGGCGCUCUGUCUGCCGUGCCCGUGCACUCAAGCCCGAGGAUAUCACCGUCUUCGCCAUCUUCAUGAAUUGUCGCUCUCGCAUCGACCCUCCAAUGCCCGAGUCCUACUUUGGGAACCUCAUCCAGGCCAUCUUCACUGGCACUGCGUCGGGCUUGCUGCAGGCGAGCCCGCCCGAAUUCGGUACUGGGCUACUGCAGAAGGUUAUUGAGUCCCACGACACGAAGGCGGUCAACGCGAGGUUGGAUGAGUACGAGGCAAAGCCCAAAAUGUUCCACUACACCGACGCAGGGGUCAACACGGUGGCGGUGGGAAGCUCGCCGAGGUUCAGGGUGUACGAUGUGGAGUUCGGGUUCGGGCGUCCGGAGCGGGUGCGGAGCGGAUUGAACAAUAAGUUUGAUGGGGUCAUGUUCCUGUACCCGGGGAGGGAUGGGGGUAUUGAUGCAGAGCUGACUCUGGACCCUGAGGCAAUGAAGAAUCUGGAGAGGGAUGAGCAGUUUCUUAACGUUGCUGCUGCUUGAAUCCAUUAGUGUUUCGCAUCGCCCGUUCAAAUGUAUCGUUCGUUAAAAGUUUGAUUCGUGUUUUUCUUUCCUUUGCUUACUCUGUAUUGGCUCAUGUUAAUCGAGCGGGAGAUCAGUGUUGUUACGUAUGUAUUUGUAUGUUCUGAACGGCUAUAUAAUAUGGCCAAAUAUCUCUAAGUGAAGAAAUAAUAAUUAUUGGAUACAAAGGUAUUACCUUUGGUGGGGCCUUCUGAUCACAA